GCCACUGUUAUUCAGUGGCGCUUCACUGCCAGACAGCACUCAGCCAUCUACCACUACACUCACACAUACUUGCGCUCACUACACAAGACCCAAAAACGCAUCACCGCUUCAGAGAUUCCUCCUUAGAGAUCCGAAAAAGAAGAAGAAAAUAAGCCAGCUCUGAGGAGGUUGGGUCGAGGCGGGAGAGGGCAACUGAAGAAUGGAAUGGAACCUCAGAAGAAUGGAAAGUGAACUGAGACACAUCAACCCGGACCUGCUCCAGCCCAGCAAGAGCUUCAAGAAGCCCUCGUCAGGCACUAUCACCCUAAACGUAGGGGGCUUCCUGUAUACCGCUCACCGGACCACUCUUUCCAAGCACCAGGGUUCCUUCCUGGAAGAGUUGGCCAAUGGUAAGAAACCUGUCCAGCACAUGGAUUCAAUGGGAAACCCAUUUAUCGAUAGAGAUGGUCCAGUUUUUCGACAUGUGCUCAACUACCUCCGAACUGGAGAGCUUCAACUACCGGACGAUUUCCGGGAGGCAGGGCUCCUUCGAAAAGAGGCAGAUUUUUACCGCCUGGUUGAACUUGUAGAAGCCGUGGCCGAGUGGGAAAGUCAGAGGGCGGCCCAGCGGGAGCCUGCAUUUUUGGAGAUGACAGACAGCCAUGAGAGGUCCCAAGGGCUCAAGGUGUACUGCAGUGAUGCCACAUUCCUCGACAAGGUAAAAGGUCGGCUGGUGCAGAUCUCCAAAAGCCGCUUGGAUGGCUUUCCGGAAGAAUUUGAGGUGUCGUCCAACGUGAUCCAGUUCAGACAUUUCAUCAAGUCGGAGCCCGGCUCACGGCUGGUGCUGAAGGAGGACAGCACAUUCCUGUGCACACUUGACUGCCUGAAACUAGAGACGGUGAUGCUCGCCCUGAGAUCCGGCUUCAAGCUGGUCACCAGCCUCGACAGCAGCAAAGGCUCCGUUGUGGCGGCUGAAGCCCUGCAUUUUGUCAAGUAGGCUGGAUGAGAGACGGGAGAAAAAGAGGUGCGAGGGCAAAAGGAAAAAAGAAGCAGUGCCUGAUUUCAUAUCCACCAUUCCAACAUUUGAUAUUGCCUCGAGGGCCUCGUAGUGUGUGCCGAGCUGUGAUUUGUCAGUGGAAAAAGAAAAGAACAGGCCAAAUGUGCUUUCUUGUGGUGUUUAUGUAAUUAUUGCACAAUGCUGGCUCACAAUCAAAGCAUUUAAUUAGUCUGGGGGGGAUUCUAGUUCCAUUAGCUACAGUGUACCUAUUUUGAUAAACAUUUUGCACUGCCAGUACUGUUGCAUUUCAUUGAUCCAGGCCAGUUUGACUUCUCAAAAUUUGGCUGAACUAUUAGGUGCUGAAAGAUUCACACCUUUAACAAUUUGAACCGAUUCAUAUUCCUGCUGUGGCGAUUCAAUUCAGAAUCGAUUCAACACAAUUCUCGAUUCAAAUCCAUCCAUCCAUUUUCUACCGCUUGUCCCUCUCUGGGUCGCGGGAGCCUAUCCCAGCUGCAUCAAUUCUCAAAAUGUAUUAUUUGGUAUAAUAAUUGUAAUGAAACUUUUUCAAAACAGGUUAGAAAAACUCCUGGUUGCAUGGAGAUGGCCUAAAAUAUUUUAAGUUUUGUAAUUUUUUUUAAUCGAUUUUUGAAAAUUAUAAAUCAGUUUAGGAUCUGGAUGAAUCAUGAUUCAGAUUUGAAUCAAUUUAUUUGUGCACCCCUACUGACUAUAUUUACAGAGGGUUAGAUUAGACCCUGAAUGUGCAAUACUGUCCACAAUGAAGACCGCACAGGGACCCAUUCAAAAUAAAGGACUGGUGAAAAGACAUGGACAGCCUCAUCAGUGGUUUUAUCACCACAAUUUCUGCUUCUGCUGUUUUAAUGACUGUACUUCAAACCAGCCAUGAUGUGCACCGUUGUGCCAUUCAGCUUUUACUACAAUGUGUGUGUACUUGGUUUAAUAGCUCAUGCAUUAUCUUCAAGUAGGAGGACAACCUAAUCAGAACCGGCAUUUGUUUCACUGCAUCGGAGUUUAGUGCAAACAACUGUGACUGUUUAAGGGCUUUGAAUCGAGCAUGAUACAUAUGUGCACUGAAUAUAUUGUGUGUUGGUGCGGUGUGCCUCCGUGAAGUCAGUGCAUCAACAGUGACUGCAACUUUUCAAUGUGAAUAUUGUAUGAAUAAAAGGAAACUGA